CAGGGGGAGGACAGUAGCAACCGGACCUUACAACGUGCCCUCCUUCAGAAACAGUGUGGGAAAUAUACUGUGAAAAUUGAUGAAGAAUAAUAUUUUCAGUCAAUUAAUCCCUCAUUCCUUCCUUCUUUCAGGAGAUAGUAGUAAUUGAAUGGAAUCUGUACAUAGGCGUGUUGUUGGACAUUUAUUAUGUCACAUCAAAUAAACGUGAAACUUGCAAGAUGUGUCAAUGAGAUAUUUAAACAGUUAUCACUAGCUGACCUCCUACCAGUACCUUUGAAUGAACAUUAGACAAUGUCACUAGCCGGCUACCACCCGAUAUUGUACCCUACACCUUAGAGACCACUGCCCUAUGUACAUAGUCAUUGAACACGGGUCAUUUUAAUCAUGUUUACAUACUGUUUUACCCACUUUAUAUGUAUACCCUGUAUUGUAGUCAUGGAUCAUCCUAUAUAACUACUGCUGAACACACAUUUUCUAUUCACAUACUGCCCAUACUGUCUAUACAAACCAUGCACAUAUAUACACUACCGGUCAACAGUUUUAGAACACCUACUCAUUCAAGGGUUUUUCUUAAUUUGGACUAUUUUAUACAUUGCAGAAUAAUAGUGAAGACAUCAGAACUAUAAAAUAACACAUAAGAGAAUGCCAAGAGUGUGCAAAGCUGUCAUCAAGGCAAAGGGUGGCUACUUUGAAGAAUCUCAAAUAUAAAAUAUAUUGUGAUUUGUUUAACACUUUUUUUGGUCACUACAUGAUUCCAUGUGUUAUUUCAUAGUUUUGAUGUCUUCACUAUUAUUGUACAAUGUAGAAAAUAGUAAAAAUAAAGAUAAACCCUUGAAUUAGUAGGUGUUCUAAAACUUUUGACCAGUAGUGUAUGUAUUUAUAUUCAGGUCUCUGGUCAGGAAGCUAAUUUCCUGCAAUUCUAUCCAUUAUGCCAUGGGGUUUUGUUCUGUGUACUUAAAUACUGUAUUCUCAACAUAGCUCAUUCUAAUAUAUCUACUGAUAUACAUAUCAUUCUUAGUAUAUAUUGUGUAAAUGCAUCUGGUGUAAAUAUGUACAGAUUACACUUGGAAUGCUGUUAAUUAGAUUCGAUCUGACAUUUCUUGACUUCGUGUAGUAUUUUGUUAUUUAUUAUUAUUUGGUGUUUUUCAUUUUACUGCAGUGUUAGUAGCUAGUAACAUAAGCACUUCGCUCUGCUCAACUGUGUACGCGACCAAUAACCUUUGAUUUGUGUGUGACAUGUCUUUGACAUCGACUGUCUGCUAUUAUCAACAGAACCACUAGAGGGCAGUCCUGCCCGCAUAGGCUUGUGAUUAUACGCCGUGGUGAAAGUCCUAAAAAUAAGACUCGGUUCUGGAUUACUGAUCCGCUGAUCUGACCAUUUGCUGUAGAAUGGGACCCUCAAACCACAAGACUUUACUUAAGAGGCUGAGUUAGCUGUCCUGUCUUUGGAUGGACCCUCAUCUUAUUGGCUACCCAUUAUUGGCCACCCGAAUGGGUGUGGUCGUAGUGGAGGAAACUGAUGAGAGCGACCAAUGGUAUGAAGACUUCCAGUGUUGGCUCUCCUCAGGUGAGAGGGGCCCCCAGUCCAGCCCCGUCACCCCCCACCGCAACCCUGUGACCCCUCAGCCCAGCCCUGUGUCAUCAGAAGGGGACGAACCUGGACAAGGGAGGAAGGUGUCUUUCUUUGAUGAUGUCACUGUCUAUGUGUUUGAUCAGGAGAGUCCCACCAGGGAGCUACAAAGUCACUGGCCAGAGACCAACAGCAAAGAGACCAAGGGUCAAUCUCCAAUACCAAUUUACAGACACACACCUGAGACCAAUGAUCAAGCCCCAAUCCCGCGCUGCAGCUAUGUCAACCAUAUACCUCACAUGGCAACCUCAGGGGUCUGCUUAAAGGACAAUGGUCAUGGUUUAGAAUGGGAGGAUGACUUCUCCUUCUUGGACAGCUCCCUCAAAACCAAGAUGGCCGAUCACCAUCUAAUAAUAUCAGAAUCCAGUAUAUUUUCCGCAUCCCCCCACCAGACCUCCACAUCCUCACACCAGAGGUGGAGUUGUCCAUCCACCCAUGCCUGCUCACAGUUGAGACCUUCUAGUCUGGUCCUCACCCACGUCACUGAUGCUGACCUGGAGCAGUAAGCCCAGUAUCCGCCACUGGGGCUGAGGAGAUGGAGGCCUAACAGCGUGUUUGCUGAAGGAAGACAAUGUGAUGGAAGACAAAUCUCCAGAUAAACAGAAGAACAGAAGAGCUCAACAGUGGGACCUUGCUGUUUCACCACUAGUAAACACUACACAUACUCCCUUUACAUUCUAUGGGCCUGACUAAGGGUCCAACUGCAGGGCUGAUAUACCAUCCCUUUUCAGGCUACUGUACCACCAAGAGUCAGUUGUUUACCUUUCAGGGCUGUGCCUGUCUCCCAAUAAGGAUUAGCCUACGACACGUUAACAAUAACAGAGGGCUCUGAUGAUCAGAACAUAGCAAUGGUGACCUGAUAAUCCUACAUUGAAUAAAUGGGUUCCAACAAUGGGAAUCUUUUGAUUCACUCGUAAAGUAUUUGACAGCCUGCAUAUUUAAAAUGUAAGAACAUUUUCAUCAGGUUUUUCAUCAGCUAACUACUGUACUGAUAAGAGCUUGAUGUUGAAAAUAAAACAUUUCUGCAGUCUUCA